AUGGUCGCCCAAGGCGCAUUGGCCCUGUCGUUCGUUAUGGUGGAGAUGGCUGGGGAAAGUCUCGACAUGGAGUCCGCAGUCUAUUAUCACCAAGGUUCCGACUUCGUGCUCUUAGACAUGCUCAAGAACCAGCUGGCGUACCUCCCCGACCUCAGCGAUCUCUGGCCCGAUGCCAACAUCGACGAUGCGAUCGUCGGUGAGCCCGGCGAGCCAGACUCCGAAGAGGAGGAGAGGCUCCGGGCAUUCCUCCAGAAUCACCGAAUGAUUUUCUUGGGAGAAGGGAACGCACUUCCUUCCCCGGCCCGGGGCGUCGUGUGCGACCUGGAGGUUGGGGACGCAAAACCCAUUUAUAUGCGGUCCCCGAGGAUUGCUGCCGACUUACUGUCCAAGGUGUACGAGUUGCUCAAGCGUCUUUUGGAAACAGGUUUGAUCGAGUACUCUCACUCGGAGUGGGCAUCGGUCAUCGUCCUCGUGAUGAAGAAGAAUGGUACCGAUGUCCGCUUGUGCAUCGACUACCGGUUGGUCAAACAGCUGAUCAAGCUGAUGAACUACCCCCUACCCCUAAUCGACGAACUCAUGAGCAACUUCACCGCCACUAUGUGGUUCAUGACUCUGGACAUGGCGAGUGGGUUCUGGGCGGUUUCAAUGACAGCCCGAGCUCAGCUGAUCUCGGCCUUCAUUUGCCCGCUCGGACACUUUCAGUUGAAGGAAGCGCAUGCCAAACGGCUUGUCGACCCGGAGGUGUUAGAGUGCUUGGGAAUUUCUGCCGAGGACUCGAGCGACCCGAUGGGCCCAGUGCUGUCCCGGAGUUCGUACAUCGACGACAUCAUCUACGAAGCUCCAUCCUGGGAUGACCUGUGCAAAACGCUGAAUGCCCUCCAGUACCGACUUCGGUACUGGAACAUUUUGGUGAGCCUCCCAAAGAGUGAGUUCGGGGUCAAGCAAUGCAAGUACCUCGGGCAUGACAUCAGAUCGGACGAAAUCCGAACGUCCCCGAAGCUAGCGGGAAAGGUCCUCAACUUGCCGUUCCCGAAGACCCAGAAAGGAGUGCAGUCCUUCCUCGGGAGCAUCAAUUACUACGCCAAGUGCCUGAAUCUGAUCCACGAAAAACUGAUGAAGGACCCGAGCCCCCAGGAACAGUCGCUGGUGGAGUGCACGUUCCUAGCCACAGCUCAAAAUAUACCCAAGUGCUCCCCAAGAAGUUUAGAAGGCGACGCGUUCGCGGUGACGCGCUCGAAAUCCAAACAGGUCAAGGCCACAGAGAACUCGGUUCCGGGAACCGGUAUCGACGACUCUGGAACCAACGAUUCUGGAGCCAACGACCCCGGGUCCGACGACUCUGGAACCGACGGUCCCGGAACCAAAGACCUUGGAACCAAAGACCUUGGAACCAAAGACCUUGGAACCAACGAGUCGGGAACCAACGAGUCGGAAAACGAUGGUCCCGGAUCCAAUGGCCUUGGAACCAACGGGUCGGGAACCGACGGUCUGGAGGACGAGCCGACAGCCGAUCCCCGGAGCCCGGACUGCCAAGACUCGGAAGAAGACCCCGAAGACGUCCGCAGAGAACGAAGGAGAAGGAUUUGCUCUCACCAGGCAGACGACCCGGGGCUAGCGCCUUUGGUAAAGUUCCUCCAGGGCGAGACUGAGCACUUGUCCCUGAAACAAACGACACACUUGGCCAAGAUAGCGGACCAGUUUGUGUUGGACGCCCGGGACGCCCUGUUCUAUGUGAGUCGGAACACCCCGGAACGUCCCCGAGACACCGCAGACCGCCUCCGUCUGGUAAUCCCCCAGUACAUCCAGGAGGACAUCCUGCACCACUGUCACGCGGGCUUCCAAGGUGCUUAUCAAGGGAUCAUCCGGGCCUAUGAGAGGCUGCGCAAGGAGUUCUACUGGAUCGGCAUGUUCAAGGACACCGAGCGAUAUGUCAAAGAAUGCGUUGACUGCGUCACGGCCAAGGGACUACCCCGGAAUCCGGGACCGUCGCCCGGUAACCUGUUGGCUACGCGACCGUUUCAGUGCGCGUUCUCGGGGUUCAUCAUGCGCAAGGCCAUGGCGAGCACCGAAGCGCAAGACGUGUCCGAAGCCUAUGAGGAGUGCGGGUUCCGGAGGUUCGGGGCCAGUGAGAUGAUCCGUCACGACCGGGACCCGCGCUUCAUGGGUCGGGUGUUCAAGCACUUUCGGGAGAUGCUCGGGAGCAGGCAACGCGCCACUCUAGCCUAUCGUCCCCAGGCCAACGGACAACAAGAGAGAUCUGUGCAAACGGUGAUCCGGAGCGUUAAGGCGUACGUGCAGACUGUGGACAAAAGUGACUGGGAUGAGUUAGCCGAAAAGCUCAUGUGGGCGGUGAACACCUCCUUGGACUUCACCCGACUCGACACGCCGUUUUACCAGGUGCACGGUUAG